AUGGGCCUCUUCAAGUCAUGCAAGUCAACACUAAUAGGCGAAGGUGUCUCGGGCACAGUAAGUCUUUGCGAACGGAACGACCAGCAAUACGUGGUGAAAAAAUACCAUAGCAAGGAAAACUACGAGACUCGCAAAGAGUACCGUGAUCGAGUCCUAUUGGAGUACCAUACCCUCAAGCUGCUCCAUCAUGAGAACUUCAUCUCCGUGAUCAAAUACAAGGUGCUGAUAGAUGGCUUGACCAUCAAGAUGUUUAUGGAUGCUGGAACAUCAAAUCUAGCGCAAUUGUGCAAGAAGGUGCCUGUAUCGCUGGUGUCCAUUUCCGAGAUACUAUGUCUCUGGAAACAACUAUGCAAUGGAGUACGUUACUUGCAUUCGCAGGGUCUCUGCCAUCGCGACUUAAAGCUUGAAAACUUGGUCAUGGACCGAGCCGGUCCUACGCUCAAAAUAAUAGACUUGGCCACGGUAUGUAAAUGUGGGAAUGGCCAGAAGGCAGUGGGAAUCGUUGGGUCGAGGUUGUACAUGGCUCCAGAGACGUUUUCUCAGAUCGAAUAUGACGGAAAAAGUGCUGAUGUAUGGUCAGUAGGCAUUGUGCUUCUCUACUUGGCCAAUAGGAGCUUUCCUUGGGGAAGUGCAGUGUGGAACGAUGGACGUUUUGCUGAGUAUUCAAAGAUCGAGUCUGCUCAAGCCGACCAAUUUGGAGCAGCGAGUUCAAAUCCUCUUUUUAGCAAUUUACCUACUCAAAUCGCAGAUUUGGAUCACCAUUUACUUGCCAUUGACCCUCUUCUACGAUAUGACAUGGAAACCAUUCACACUUCUUCUUCUCAAGUCCCGUACUGUGGAAGUGGUUCCACAUGUGGUACAGUUCACUUACUACGGUGA